AUGUACCGCGCCCCGGCCGCAGGCCUCACACGGCGGGGGAGAAAAAGCGAGGCGCCAGCGGGUCGCCACAGGAAAUGCACGGGGGCCAAGAGUUCUACGGGCGACGGCGCCAGAGCUGAGCGGCGCCGCCUGUUGCCAGCUGAAAGGAAGCCGAUGUCGCCCCCGGUGCGAGUCGCUGGCGCGGGUGCCCAGUUUUUGCGCGUCGGUGGGUUUUCUGCGCCCCGCUCCGCCUCCCCGCCUCUGCCUUCGCUACCCCACUGCCUCGGUGGUAGCCGCACGGCGCCGAUUUCCCUCGCUGCUGCUGCUGCGGCAACUGGUGGUGGGUGGUGGUGA